CGGCCGUAUUGCUUCGAAUUUAUUUGCUGGAUAGCUUCAACAUCAUUGAAUUCAAACCCGUGGCCAUAUGACGAGCACCAUGACUGGCGGCUUAGAAUAGUUCUUUACGCACGCUGCUUCUAUCUUCCAGCUCAUCUGCACACUUGAACUAACCCAAUUGUCUCUGUUCGAAAUCGCUACACCAUGGCCCCAAGCACUACGGCGCGCGUCCGUCGCACAGCGCAAAACACUCAAUACACAUAUAACAUCCCCCGUCGCAUCCACACAGUCCACACCUAUCCCGUAUUAUCACCCCAGGGAGCCACGAUCAUCAUAUACGGCCACGAGAAUGGUGUCACUCUCGUCUGGCGCGGUGGUCGCCGUUUCAAGCCUGAAGUGCAGGAGGCUGCUGCGAAGGGGGCCAAUGGCAAACAGAACGGUCAGCCACCGCAAGAUGCCGUCAUGAUUCUUGAUUCAGAUGAAGAAGAUGCCCCCGAACCCGAGACGUUCGUUGAUAAGCCGCAAUUUGAAGAGACCCUUGACGACGAAUCCACCUACCCAGAAAUCACACAGACCCUCGACUUGGAGUUUGAUACCGCCGUCAUGCAUAUCUCUACGCUACCACUCACGCCCUGCCUAGCCGAGGAUGCUUCAUGGGAAGGAACCGAUAUUCUCAAGGAGAAGAUCGUUUUCACUGCCUCGUGCUCCACACGCGAAGUAUUCCUGGUUACGCUACCGCUCGUCCCCCCGUCCCCUCUCAGUAAAUCUAGAAAGGGGUUACAGGAAUCGCUGUUGGCUGGCAAGGCAGGCAACGGCAAAUGGGGGGAGACGGUGACACUGCUGGCUGGCCAGCAAAAGCCUUCUGAUGGGUUGGCCAUGACCCUCAUCAGGCCGAGACCUACACGAAGUAAAUCCUCGGAACGCUCAAGGUCAACGAACCGAGCGCUUCAUCGUGUUGUUGUCGCAGCUCAUUGCCGUGAAGCAGCCGGGGCGCUGCGACUAUGGGAUGUCCCCCUCGAAGUUGCGGCCAAACCUAGUCAACAGAUUGAACCGUUCCAGACAGAGUACCUGCCCAAGCCAUUGACGUCUAUCUCUUUCAACGCGACACACUCCACACAACUUCUUUGCAAUGCAUCCCCAAACGCUGUACGCAUCUAUGAUUACAACAUGGCGUCCAUGCCGCCUGAUGACAUAUCAGAGGGUCCUUUCCCUUCCCAGGGCUCAUGGCUCAUCUCUCUCUACCCCCCUUUCGUCCGGCAAUCGACAUCUAGAAAGCCAAUAUUGGCCGCCUCCUGGAUUGCUCGUGGUCGUGCGAUAUUCGUCCUGCUUGCGGACGGCGAGUGGGGUAUCUGGGAUAUUGAUGGUGUCUCCCCACAAGGCUCUGCUCACUUCGGAAAGCCUGGUUCUGGAAUUGUUGGAGAUGCCAUCACCGAGUUCAAUAUCAGUGGCUAUGUCGAAGGCACGAGUCCACUACGAAACCCUGGAACACAACGCACGUCAGGUAGCACUUCCGAAUUUGUUCCAAUGACACCACACUCCCGGCGUGAUGCAUUUUCAAAUACAUCUGGUCCAGAACGUCUCGCCACAGUUAGCGGAGGCGUUGUCGUCACACCACUACCGUCGAGUACUACAACAACAGCGGAUGAAAACGUUACGCUAUGGAUUGGCAGCUUGGAUCACGUUUUCACCAUACCUGGUCUUUUCAAAUUUUGGGACGCUCAAAUACGGAAAAGCGCUGGAGGUGGCGUGAAUCUUUUUAGCGGAGCACAGCCUACACGCAUGAUUCGUCUAAAUGAUCUCUCAGUCGGUCUGAUGGGUGAACGAUGCACUCAAGUCGGAGCUAUUGUCCGCUUUGCCGAGACUGGUGGCAUGAGCGCUCCCGGCAAUGAAGGUUUGCCUGUCGAUGUGGUGGUGUGUGGUGAGAGCAGACUUGUAAUAAUACGGGAAAGUGAGGCAGCAGUUGGCACUCGUAUUGGAGGUGUCAUCAGCCGUCGAAAGAGGUUGAGUGACAGAGCUCGGGACACUAGUGCCAUCAUCGUUCAUCCAAGACCGGAACAGCCUAGCAGCAUAGCCUACAAUCUCUCUCUUGGCCCGCGACGGAGAUUGUCUCGACCCAUUUCAUUAAGCAAAUAUGAUGAAACGGCGGGAGACGACAUGAUGGCAGCUGACAAAGAAAAGUCGCCAGUGCAAACACCAUCAAAACCACCUAGUGGGUUUGACUUCGCCGCCUACCUAAGUGCGGCUGCAGACCAGGAACAACAAGAUGGUGAUGAGGAAAGAGAUGUGGAGAUCGAGAUGCUGGAUAUAAUGGAGAUCGACCGUGAACUAGAUGCUAUGGAUGGUGGACGAGGAAGAGGCCGAAAGAAGGUCAUGUUUGACUCGUAGUCUUCUGACUAGCCGCCUACGCUGCACUCGGCAUAAGAGUUUAGACAUGUCACAGGUGUACAAUACCCAAGCUAACACUUGUGAAUUAUAGGGUUACGAAGAAUAGUCAGAUCAUGUACUAUGGGCCCUAUUUAUAAUAAUGACCUCGCCAUUUUCGUUGUCGCUGUCCCCGAUGCUUGUUUUCGAAGUCGUUACCCUAAAGCUUUUCCCUGGCCACUGUCAACUGUCUUGUUUUCUACUAUUUACAGCCUUUUUUUCUUUCCUUUUUGAAUGUGGCAUUGCCCAUUUCCGCGCGGCAAGGUGGAGCACAAGGCGAGAUCAUUCCUUGCAGCUCUGUAAUCCAUGCGGUACAUUAACAG